UUUAGACCCAAAUUGAGGUGAACAAUAGAAUCAUUCUAACAGCCAUCACCAGCCAAAAAAAAAAGUGGGAGCAUGAUGUCUGGACUGUUGUUAUUGAGUGUGUUGCUUAUAACAACGGGAGUUAGAGGAUUCAAACUGGAUCAAGACAGUGAUUCUAAGAGUCACUGGGAAAUCACUGAACAGGCCAUUUUAGACGUCACCGCACGGGCCUGCCAUGCUCUGGCCCUGGAGGAGGGCAGGGAAUUCACAUUUCCGGCAACACUGACAGCAGAGUCUCUCCUUGAAGCAUGUGCAGCUACAAGUUCAGCCAGGAACUUUGCCAUAAAUAAAUUUUAUAUCAAGGGUUUUAAUGCUUUAGUCAAUGUUGAUUAUGCCCUAUCUGCAAGCCACCAUUUUGACGAUGAAAGUUUUGACAAAGGAAAGGAGCUGAUUACAGAUGGAUUGUACACAGUAAAAGCCAACAUCAAGAGAGGAAACUAUGCUGCAGCAAGAUCUAAACUUGGAGAAAUUUUACACACUUUACAGGAUUUCUAUAGUCACAGCAACUGGAUAGAAAUGGGCAACGAUUUGCCAAACAAAAAUUUGAUUAAGAAAGAUGCCACAUUGGAGACUGCAGCAGCCAAAAACAGACCAACCUGCCGUAACUGCACUGAAAACUGUACCAACAACAUUUUGGAAGAUAUUCUCAAGGAAAACCUUUUGACUUCUGCCUACUUCUCCCCAUUUCCCUUAAAUAACAAGCCAACAGGGAAAUGUAGCCACGGAGAUAGUAAGGACAAUACAAGGCACAGCGAUGCCACAGGUGGAAUAAACAAGGACAGUGUGAAAUCCAGCCAUGGACAUCUGCACAUUAAAGCAGCACAAGUAGCAACAGCCGCCACCUCUGAGCUACUGGAUGACGUGCUUGCCGCAGUUGGGCAUAAAGACUUUUUACGUAUGAUGAUGGGGGUCAGCCCAGGUAAAGCUUUAAGUUUUGUGAUUGACACAACAGGGAGUAUGGGAUUUGUCAUUGAAGCAGUCAAGUUUUCUAUGUCGGCAAUAAUAAACAACCUCGUGGGAACUGCAAACGAGCCUUCGGUUUAUGUUCUUGUCACCUUUAAUGACCCAGAAUUUGGACCAGUCAUAAAGACCCCAAACCUAUCGAUAUUUAAAAAUGCUAUUGACAAACUGUCUGCAUCUGGUGGUGGAGAUGAGCCUGAACUGUCUCUAUCAGGAUUACAGCUGGCUCUCAAUGCUGUUCCUUUUGGCUCUGAGAUUUAUGUCUUCACUGAUGCAACUGCUAAAGAUAAGACGCUGAAAAACUCAAUAAUCACACUAAUAGAAAGAAAACAGUGUGUGGUAAAUUUUUUAAUAAGUAAAACAGACCUACAAGAACCAAUUUACACGGAUGUGGCUAAGGCUUCAGGAGGACAACUUGUAAAAGUGUCAAAAUACAGUUCUUAUCCAGUCAUCCAAGUCUUUUUAAAUGCUCAUUCCUCUAAUUUGGUGACCCUUUUGCAAGCAACCAGAAACCAGUCAGAAAACUUCACUUUCUCUGUGGGAAAAAACGACACCAACCUCCGUGUUACUAUAACUGGGACAAACACCUUCACACUUAUCAGCCCUUCUGGAACAUUAAAUGAACCGCUGGCCACAACACAGGUGGGAAACCUUUUGGAGUUAAAGUUGAGCACUGAAGAGGGGCAGUGGGAAAUAAGGAUAACAUCCUCAGACCCUUACACCUUAAAGAUCACAGCUCAAAGUUCAAAUGACUUCUUCUUUAGCUUUAUGAAGCCAUCACAAGUACGCUCUGAUGGCUAUGUAGUCAACAUCCACAAGCCAUCAGCAAUGCUCCCUGGUACCUUGAUGGUGGUGCUCUUUGGGACUGACACAACAACACUGAAAGAUGUGUAUCUUGUAAAGUCAUCUGGGUCUGGACAGGUGAAAGGCAACAUUACAGGACAGGAAAAUAAUGAAUACUUAGUUGAGUUUGAUGAACUCCUAUUUGAGGAGUUUACUGUGCAAGUGGAGCUGCAGAGAGGCUCUAGCUCUAGACUGACCAGAUCCACCUCAGGGAUUUUCCAACGGCAAUCAAAUGUCAACAUCAAAGCCUCAUUUUUCACUGUUACCACUAGUAUAGAAGACACUGUAAGUGAACCAGGCUCAACUCACGUCGCAAAUAUCACCAUUUCAAACCAUCGAAUAGAAGGGGAAAAAGAAGAAGAAUUCACCAUCAGUGCAACAAAUACCCAAAACUUUGAAAUGAUUUCCCCGCCUACCAUCAAGGUGUUAAAAGGGAGCAGUGCUACUUUCACAGUUCAAACAAUAAUUCCCAACACCACAGAGUUUGCCACUGAGGUUACACAGACUGUGAUGGCUGUAGCUCCUGAUGCCCUGGAAUUCAACUAUGCAGUGACAACUUAUACUGUCAUCAAAAAUGUGAUGGAUAUUCAGGCUCCUGAGUUCGAGCUGCUCACUCCUCAACCACAUUGCCCAGACGUCAACAGUUCCAUUUGCCAGUACUCAAUUCGAGUGACUGACAACACACGUAUUGAAACAAUUUAUGAACAAGAAGGCAAUAGGAGAUGGGAAACCCUUGGAAAUGAAACUGUUGUGUCCUAUAAUGACUCCUGCUGCAGUCCUAUGGUUGAAAUAUUGGCUGUGGAUGGUGUGGGCAAUGUUGGGAAGUUUAAGUACAAUGCUUCAAUGAGUACUACGACCACAACUACUUCUCCUACCCUAUCAACGACUAUGCAAUCAACAACAAAGACAACAAGGCCUACAACUACAACUACACAAGCAACUCCUCCCACACAAAAACCUACAACUACAACUACACAAUCAACUCCUCCCACACAAAAACCUACAACUACAACUACACAAUCAACUCCUCCCACACAAAAACCUACAACUAAACUACAAUCAAUCAACUCCUCCCACACAAAAACCUACAACUACAACUACACAAUCAACUCCUCCCACACAAAAACCUACAACUACAACUACACAAUCAACUCCUCCCACACAAAAACCUACAACUACAACUACACAAUCAACUCCUCCCACACAAAAACCUACAACUACAACUACACAAUCAACUCCUCCCACACAAAAACCUACAACUACAACUACACAAUCAACUCCUCCCACACAAAAAUCUACAACUACAAAAUCUCUGAUUAA